AUGUUUUUAAUAUUGACCGAAUCUAGUCAAUAAUAAAAUGAUAGCGUUAUAAAUACUUCAACUGGAUGUUAAGAAGAUUAAUAUUAAGAUUAAGAUACUCAUGAUUGUGUUUCUUGCAAAACUAAUUUCGGUAAUUGUAUAAAAUGUACACAAAAUAGUUGCUCUGUAUGUGCUAAAGGAUAUUUAAUACUUUUUUCUGAAACAAAAUGCAUCAAAGAUACUUUAAUAGAUAAAUAUACAGGAGAUCAUUGCAAUGAAGGAUGUGAUAUAUGUUAUCAAUCUGGAGAAUGUAUGGAAUGUAAGGAUGGUUAUUAUGUUAAUUUAGACGAAAAAGAGGACACAACUUGUGUUAUUUGUACUAGUAAAUUUAGUAAUUGUUAAAGAUGUACUGAAAAUAGUUGUACUAGAUGUUAGACAGGUUAUUUAAAAGAUGUCUCUGGUUAAUGCUAACAAGAAAAUACAUAGGAUGGUUAUAUAUAAUAUGGAGAGUCUUGUAGUUAAGAAGGAUGUGAUAAAUGUUCUUAAUCUGGAGAAUGUUUAUAAUGUUAAGAUGGCUUUUAUUAAGAUUUAGACGAAAAUAGAAAUAAAAUAUGUAUUAGUUGUAGUAUUAAAUUCAGUAAUUGCUAAAGAUGCAGUCAUAGUUUUUGCGAAAGAUGUAUUAAUAAAUAUUCAUAUAGUAAGAUUGAAAAAUAAUGUGAAGAAGGUAGUGCUAUCAAAUAAAAUUUAGCAACUUUUUGCUUUGAUGGAUGUUAUUUAUGUAGUGAUUCUGGAAAAUGUAAAGAAUGCUGGGAUGGUUAUUAUGAUGACUAUGAAGAUUAGGAAGAUCAUGAAAAUAAACAAUGUCUAAGUUGCAGUAGUAAAUUCAAUAAUUGUGUAACAUGUGAUAAAAAUAGAUGCAACUAAUGUAGAGAGGGAUAUAAUUAUAAUGAAUCGGAAAAAUAAUGCUUAACAAAUCUCAAUUCUAGAUUUUUACAUAAAGUUUAAGCUAAUCAUUAAUGA